AUGGCCCUGAGCCAGAGCGUGUCCGACUACAACAUGGUCGCGGUCGACGCCGAGUUCAUGGACAUGUGCCCAAUCGCAGUGGGCCCCUUCAGCCAUCUGCACUUCACGUGCGAGGAGCAGACUCCCGCCGAUGUCGCGUCCAGGCUGCAGAGCCUGUUGGUGUACCUCAACGGCUCCUUCGACAAUCGGUUUCGAAGGCUGGUGGACGACCCGAGAUCUCUCCAGGUGAUCCAGAGGGAGAUCCCGCAUCUGGUCCGUCCGGACCAAUGGAGGUCGGUCGCGGAUUGGGCGGUCAAUUUCGUGGCCAAGGCUGGGGGAAGACGCUGGGGCGAGGUGGCUGCCCACGAGAAGUGCGAGGUCAUGGCCUUCGCCAUGCUGACCGGUCGCGCCCAAGGCUCCGUCCACGUCGACGCGCAGCAGGCGGGCAACUUCGUCGACUCCAUGGAUGGGGCGCGCACCGCGUCGGCCCGGCGCGCGAUGAUGGACGACAGGAGCAACCCCGAGACGUGCCAGGUCAGCCGCGUCGCUGCACUCUUAAGGGUCAAGUACGCAACGUCGCUGUGUACCGUGACCCUAAUGCGGGGCGCCGACGGGCAGUCGCACCAGUCCGACCUCGACCUGCAAACCAAGGUCGGCGGCAAGGAACUCUACUACGGCAGCAAGCGCGUCGGUGACUGCCAGCUCAAUUUCGAAGCGAACGCCAGCGCCGUCGAGCGCAACCCGGCCGAAAACAUAUCCCUCAACCAAGCCGGGGCGUUCGUCUUCCGGGUCAACAACUACAUCAACCGCGAUAACGCGGACGUCCCUUUCGAGAUCACGGCGCAGAAGCCAGGCUUCACAGAGGUCCACGCGGGAGUCUGGCCGAGGUCCAGGAAGAACGGGGACUUCGUGACCGCCGAGGACCUGACGGGAGCCGGUCAAGCUCUCCGAGGCCGAGCGGAAGGCGCUCGCGGCGAAUGA